CCUCCUCCCGGUGCCUUCCCGGCGGCCGCCGAGCCGCUGGCGGGGAGGCGGUGGCGGGCGGCUGAGUUGCGCGGGGCCCGGCGGCGCUGCCCAUGGGGGAGAGCGGGGUGCCCCCCCAGGUCCAGCUCUUCCUCCGCGCCUGCGAGCAGGGCGACUGCGAGACCGCCCGGCGCCUCUUGGGGCUGCCCGCCGGCGGCGGAGGCACCGCCGACCUGGCGGCCUCCUCCUCCUGCGGCCCCGAGGAGGCGGCGGCGGAGCCCCGCGGAGAAGCGGCGGCCCCGCCGACCCCUGCCGUGCCCGUGGACUGCACGGACGAGGCCGGGAACACAGGGCUGCAGUUCGCCGCGGCGGGCGGGCACGAGCAGCUGGUGCGGUUCCUGCUGCGGAAGGGCGCCUCGGUACAGAGCAGGAACCACUACGGAUGGAGCCCCCUCAUGCAAGCGGCCAGGUUUGGACAUCUAAGUGUGGCCCACAUCUUGCUGGAAAAUGGUGCUGAUCUCAAUGCACAGAAUAAGUUAGGAGCCAGUGUCCUCACAAUGGCCUCCAGAGGUGGCCACGUCAGCAUGGUGAAGUUGUUGCUGGAAUCCGGAGCUUUUGUAGACAAUUACGACCAUUUCGGCACAAAUGUACUUAACAGCAGCAGAGACGACCUUCCCGAUAUCACUCCAUUAAUGGCAGCUGCUCAGCAUGGACAUGAGGCAGUGGUACAUCUGUUACUAGACUGGGGAGCUGAUUGUAAUUACACUGUGAAGACAAUGGGCUGGAGUCCUUUAAUGCUGGCAGCUGUUAGUGGAAAGGUGAGCUUGGCACAGCAGCUCAUGGAGAAGGGUGCCAAUCCUGAUCACCUGAAUGUACUACAUAAAACACCUUUUGAAAUCUCUGUUGGCUUCAAACACAAAGACAUGAAGGACUACUUGGAAUCUCUCACAACGAUCAGACCUCAGGCAGAUACAGAAAAGAAGCAACCUGAUGUCUUUCAUGCUUUGAAACUGGGAAACUUCCAGCUGGUUAAAGAGAUUGUUGAUGAAGACCCAAGUCAGGUCAAUAUUACCAAUGUGGACGGUGCAUCUCCAUUAAUGAUUGCAGCUGUAACUGGACAACUACCCCUUGUUCAGCUCCUUGUUGAGAAAAAUGCUGAUGUUGAUAAACAGGAUAAUGUUCAUGGCUGGACAGCACUGAUGCAGGCCACAUACCAUGGAAACAAAAACGUUGUAAAGUAUUUGUUAAAUCAAGGAGCGGACGUCAAUCUUCGUGCAAAAAAUGGAUACACGGCUUUUGACCUCAUAAUGCUGCUGAAUGAUCCAGAUACAGAGCUUGUAAGACUACUGGCAUCAGCAUGCAUGCAAGUAGACAAAGACAAGAAUAAACUGAACAACAGAUCAUCUUUGCCUAGUUCCAGAAGUAGGCAAUCCUUAAAUGUCCCAAUGUUGCCAGAUGACAAAGGAGGUCUAAAGUCUUGGUGGAGCAGGAUGUCCAAUCGAUUCCGCAAGCUGAAGUUGACUCAGACAUUGCGCCAUGGAUUUCCUUCCAAUCCGUUUGUGCCUUUUCCGGAUGAGCCUGAACCAUCAUUAAAUUCCACUAUAAAAGCAGUUUCACAGAGUGAUACGGGUGCCUCUGGAAACCUUGAUGCUGCUACAGCUCGGGUCACAAAUAACAAAGCUAGUGGCGCAAACACUGCAAAAGGAGGAAAGGAUGAUGAAUUAUUGACAACCAUGUUGAGAAGUAGUGCCCCAUUUACCAGGCUGCCAAGCGAUAAGCUGAAGGCAGUGAUACCACCUUUCUUACCCCCCUCGAGCUUUGAGCUCUGGAAUUCUGACCGAACACGACUCAGCAAAGAUGGAAAAGCUGAACAGAUGAGGACUGCCUGGCCACAGAGAGCAAUCAAGCAUGAUUUUAACAGCAGCGGAAACUCUGAUAUAACAUCUGUUAGCAAAGGUACUAGACCAGUCAAAUUACCAACAUUUGCAAGAAGACCAGCAUCUCCUUCGAAUUCCAACAACUUCAGUCAUUCUCCUCAUUCUUCUGGUGGAUCCAAUAACAUUGCAGGAAUUAACAGGCAUGGAGGAGAACUGCAUAACAGAUCAGGUGGCAGUGCAGAUAAUGUUUUGUCUCAGAUUGCGGCCCAAAGAAGAAAAGCAGCAGGCUUUCCUGAACAGAGACCCAGCCAACAGCACAGUCCAGUCCAGUCAACUACUUCAUCCACUCUGUCUGAUUUGCAGUGUGCUCAGAUUGUUGGCAAUGGACAUGUAAAGCAAAAACUGGAGAUGAACAAAAGACCUCCAUCUGGGACUUCAUCUACAUCUAAAAGCACAUCACCAACUCUCACACCUUCCCCAUCACCUUCCCCAUCUCCUAAGGUUCAAAACGCAGAGUCUUCUCUCUCUUCUUCUCACAGACAGGCCAAAAGCAAUGGUUCCAGCAGUGGUACUAUUACAGAAGAUGGCAACCACUCGGUGGACCAUCAACAGCUUGUCUCUAUUCUGAGAACCAGUGAUGUAGAGAAUCAUGAAAGACGAAGCCAUGUGAGAGUAAAAGGAGGCUCUGAAAACUUGGAGAAAGAUGAGCUGACUGGCAUCCUUAAAAAAUUGUCUCUUGAGAAAUAUCAGCCUAUUUUUGAGGAACAAGAGGUGGAUAUGGAAGCUUUCCUUACACUUACUGACGGUGAUCUGAAAGAGCUUGGUAUUAAAACCGAUGGAUCAAGGCAGCAAAUUCUGGCAGCUAUUUCUGAACUGAAUGCAGGAAAGGGUCGAGAGAGACAGAUUUUACAAGAAACUAUACACAACUUCCACUCUUCCUUUGAGAGUAGUGUUAGUAACACACGACCACCAGGUCAUUCUCAAUCUUACUUCCCGUUCUCAGAGUAGUAGUCAGCAUGUGUGGGAACUUCUGGAUGUCUCUUGAUAACAUCCUAGACUUGAAGAGCCUCUUCUAUAGGUACCAUUAGGUGAGCAGAAGCUGCCAUUUGGGAUUUGAUAACAUGGUGUAAUGAACUGGAAUUACUCGAGAACCGAAGAAGCAUAGAGAUGUAACGUGUCUCCAAGCAACUUGCUGAGCCUAACCACUGAGCUUGAACGUGUCUUGAAGACAGCAAAGGACAGUAAUGGUGGCACAGAGUUGGGGAGAACAUCCUUUUGUAAGAAUGGAAGCAACAGUUGCUACUGCUAACCAUUUGACAGGAUGCUGAAAGGAGGCUGCCCUGAGAGAUCUAGCUUUUGGGGUUUUGUGUAUGAGAGCUCCAUGAUACAGAUUUGGCUGUGAAAUAGCAACAGAAGCACUAACAGAGAAGGAAGAGAGCAUGUAGAUAAAAGAAGUUUCUGCACCAGGUAAGCUGCUUUUUAUUGUAAAAAGUAGCAGUGGGACCCUUAUGCAGUCUCUGGAACUUGAAGAAAUUUCCAGGAAUGUGUAAUAUUUUAGAGCAUAAGAGCACCGGUACCAAGUCAGAUCCAAGGUACAUACAGUUGUGUUCAACUUUUUCAUCCGGUCUCAUCUGACACUAAUGUGAAGAGCUGCUUGCUUUCAUUUUCUGUGAACUUGACAUGUCCUGACUUCUUUUGCUUCAUCUUACUGGAUCAGAAGAGACAGUGGGCAAUUGUUUCCUCUUCACUGCCUCCAUGCCACUGAUGAUUUUACAAAUAACAGUGAUACUUUUCUUCAGUCAUGUUUUUUCUAGAUGGAAGACUCACAGGCUGCUUUGUCAUUCCCAAUACCAUAGUUUUUCUCACCUCUUUUUCUUUUCUACUAUAAUCUUUUCAGACUUGGGAGAUACCAGUCCAGCAUACAAUAUUCAAAAUGUAGGCAUAUUACAGAUUUACACGACACAGUGAUGUUUGUUUUUCAGUUGUAUUCUUUCAGUUUUCUUGCCCUUUCCUAGUUAUUUCUGAAUUGUUGUUAGUUGGAACUAUGUCUUGUAACCCUGGUGGUCUACAGAGUUUGAGCUCACAGCCUAUGAUUUUAUAUAACCAUGCAUACAUCUUUUUUUUCCAUUUGCCUUCAUAUUACUUCAUAUUUAUCUCCAUCAAAUUUUGUCUGCCAUCUUAUUGUUUGGGCACUGAUGUCACAUGAAGUCCUUUUGCCAGUCUUCUGUUUGUCUUUCUCUUUAUUUACAUGGAUAACUUAAGAAGGUUUGUCCCUUCACCCUGUAUGCCCUUUCGAAAUCAUAUAUUGAAUAUAUUGUUCAUAUCCUGAAUAUUCGUAUGUAGAUCCUUCUGAAAUGCUGGGGGUGAAUUUCUCUGCUAUGGAAAUAAUAAUUUUUUCCUCCAACCUUCUGUCCUCUGCCUCCCUAACAGAUUAUUUAUCCACACAAGAAAUUUUCUUUUUACCCUGUGGGUUAUUUAUUGUCUUAAGAGCUAACCUUGGAUCUUGUGAAAUGCCUUGUCAAAAUCCAGGCAUCAAACGGACCUCUUUUGUCUACAAGACUGUUGGCACCUUCAAGGAAUUCCAGUAGAUUGGUGAGGCAAGACUUCUCAAAUCCCUUUUUGAUUUUGCACAAAAUUUCAGAUCCUUUGUUACAGUUUUUGCUAAUCUGCCUGGUAUUACUGUCUAUUAAAACAAUUAGCUUCGUUUUAUCACAUCUCAGUUAUGUGGCAAUUUAAACAACAACCUGUGUUCUGUACACAGCAGUUUAGCUGCUUAAUCCUUUUGCUUCUUUAGGACAUCUGGCUUGGAAAAUUGCUUUUUACUUGCUCUGUGUAUUUGUUUCAUAUUCUGUUUUACUAGUACCUCAGGUUAAGAUAUCUUGGACUCCCACAUAAAGAAAGCUUCUGAAAUGGGAACCUUCCCAAGUUUUUCCAGGGUGAAUACCAUUUUUUUCCUGAUGUGAGCUUACUUCUCUAGCUCAUUACGGUCUCAUUGAUUGACAUCAUGUCAUUUGUAACUGGCUGCCUCUUGUGGUGUGUUUGAAAAGUAAUAUGUGACAUUUUUAUCAUUUUUGCAUGGUCCACAACCACUCAUUUCUCUACAGCUCUUUCUAGGAGCCUGUCUGGACACCGUUAGCAAGAAAGGUACAUCAUGAUUUGCCUUUCUAGAAAGCUAGGCGUAGCUCACAGGAUGAUGGAAACAUCCUGCUCUUCCAGCUAUGUUGGUACCACUGUUUUCCACACUAUCCUUGUGAUUUCCUCAAGAUUUUGAGUCAUUUUAAAAGCUUAGUACCUAAACCAGAGUGGCUCUCAGUGUAGCUCUGCUUUUAUGAAGUUUCCAGCCUGUAGGGCUGUAAAGAAGAAAAUGAAAUACAGUCCGAAUAUAUCCAUAAGAUUCAGAAAUGAAAAAGCAGGAGGGAAAGAAACUUAAUCCUUACCUUCCAGAAAUUGUGGGAGGUCUGUAGGCUGGUUACCAACACCAAGCCUGUAAAUGUCUACAGCUUCUUACACCCUUCCUCAUCCAUCCAUAGCUCCAGUGUCCCCUUAGCUUUAGUUCUGCCCAAAAUGCCACAAUCUGCACUGCUCAGGCUCAGUUCCUCCCCUGCUACCCCUGAGUCAGGAGCUGUUGCUGCUUGUCAAAUCUGGUAAGAGAUUGGAAGGCAGCAGAAAUAGAUACACAUCUGGAUGAGUCUUUGUAGAAUGGAAAGAAAAGCUGCAGUGAUUACCUACAUUCACCCUUCUAAGGAAUGCAGUAGAAAGAAAACAAGGAGAGGCAGAAUAAAUAAAAGUAAGACCAUCAGAAGUAGAGGAUUGAUGGUAUAACUAAUUUCACACAAUGGGCUUGUUUAGGAAGAUUGCUGCGGUCCGAAAAGGGGGGGGGGGGGAGACCGUGGCACAGCACGGGUCCGGGACACGAGGAUGGGAUGCAGGUAGAAUGCUUUAUUCAAGCGUGCAUCCAGUCUUUUAUCAGCUCGGGAGGGGAAAGGGCCAGAACAUAGGGCGGAGCAUGAGACAGGCAAGCGGGGGGACAAACCAGGGUAGGGACAUGGGCAAAAGAGGGAGGAACGUGGGAAGAACCGGGGAGGGAAGGGGUGAAUGGAGGCUGUCCCCUCUCUCUGCAGCUUCUCCAGCCAAUCGGCAGAGAAACAGAGGAGCAGGGAGGUGGACAGACCGGGACAUGCCCGGGAAAUAUAAAUUCUGGGGAAGCAUACAAUGCGUAUAUACAUAAUAACUGUAAUGUCUGUAUCAUAAAGUCCUUUCAAUCACUGUACAUCUUUUUCCACUUCUGAGAUUUUCCCCAUUCUGAUUCCUGGUCCUUCACAGAAGAUACCACAGUUUCCUACGGAUGUUUUUUUGGCAGUUCAAAAUCAGUUGCUGACUUCUUGUAGCUUCUGUUUGAGCAUCUCCUGCUGAGAUUGUUGCUUCUGAGCUCCCUGUGAUAUUUACUACAAGAACUCAUAGAAAAGUUGUUGAGUGUUUGGCAGGUGAGCUAUUUAAGUUAGAAUAAAGCUCACGGUUGGGAGAAAGUUUCUUUUGUGCAUUACUUAAUGUGUCAUCCCUGGGGCUGGAAGUGGGAUGAUUCUGUGUUGCAAAAAACAACAGGCUUCAAAAUACAAUUUGCUUUCUGUCAGAGGGAUACUGAGACUACUUCCUCCCCACCCCAUGCCAGGGAUACCAGGUUAGGCUAUGGAAACUCCACAUUCCAGUCCUUUCCUUAUUGGCAUAAGGCAGAUGGCUGCCCUGACUGCAGUGUAAAUAAUGCACUGGUUACUGGACCUGUAAGCCAUUAGGCUCAGAGACACCGUAGUAUUCUGAACAGGUGAACAGUACUUGCAAUAGGGAGUGUUGCCUCCAUCUCUUUUUUUUAAUGGAAAUGAAUCGGUCACCUUCAGAAAAUUCUGAUGAAAUUAGUUCAUUCCAAGAGUGCAUGUUACCACAAGUUUUGACCCUUCAUUGGUUUUCAAGGAAAAAAAUUAUGGCUUGGAAAAUUGCCAAUGCAUAGGAAUCACUCUGUCCUUGGUAAGACAAACUACUAGGAAGAUAGUGCUUCUUAAUAACCCAGUGAACUGUGUCCAGCAAACACAGAAUUAGCUUGUUGCUUCACCAUUUAGAGCAGAUGACCAGCCCAAGGCAAAAUGACUGCUCUGUGGAACAAAAUGGUCCUCCUUUGUGUGGACUCUCAGCUUCGAUGAAACAGUAAGUGGCAGCAUAAAGUCCAGAUUUCUGAGGAAAGAGAUUUGAGAAAUUAUAUCACCUCAGGAAAAGUUUCUGUUUGUAGCUUGAGGUGACCUUUUUGCUUACAUGAUUCUGGUAAAAAAAAAAAGAAAAAGGACUUUUUGAAUGCUUAAUUGCCAAGACUAAUUGUGUAGUUUAUUCUGGAUGUGUGUGUCAAGAUUCAUGCAGUCAUCAACUGGAUAAUUAAGAGGUUGAACAGAUCUGGCAGUGGUCUGCAGGUUAAUUGAAAGAAAUGGCACCAAAGGAGAGGGAGUUGCAUCUCAACACAAACUUGCCAAAUCAGAAAUGAAAAGGAAAAAAAAGUUCAUGUGGAUUCUAUGGGAAAGAAAAAAGGGAGCAAACCAACUGAAAUUAUUUCCUCCAGAAGAGUACAAAUAAAAUCCUAUAUGCUAGUUAUUAAUAGAUAUGUAAGGAAGUGUUACAUGUUAGAUCUGUGAGAAAAAAAUGGAAACAUUUCAUGGAAGUUCCCUUUCCCAAGUCUAUGGCUUGUAACAGAAUUUGCCAUUUCUGCAAAAAUGACAUGAAAAAGGCAAGAGAGCACCCAAAGUUUGUACUCUGAAGGACACAAACCUCAUUAGGAAAAAAAACCAUUAAGAUUGGUUGGAGGUAAAGCUAACUGCUGGUUAUUAGCUCAGUUUGCCUUCUAAUACCAAGUUAAUUGAAAUGUUUGAAAGAAAAUAAUGAGCCUUGUCACUUGGUACAAGUGUCCAGGUGGUCUCCCCAUCUAAACAUAAUACUUUCUAACAGGUGGCAAUGGAAGAGAACACACCAGCAUCUGCAGGGGCAGUGAAAAAAGGCAGGAUUUGGAUAAGCUGAAUAUUUUCCAGACAAAAGUUAAAUGAGGAGUAACUAUGCCUAUGAUUAUGAUAAAAAGAAUAUGAUGCCAUUCAGUCUAUAAUUUGUGGAAAUUCUGGUCUUCUGGUUUUUCUUUACAUAUUAUGGUAUGUUGCAUAUUGAUGGAUAGUUACACAUAUGUAUCUGUAGAUAGAGAGUUGUUUUUAUAUUUAUGUUCCACUUUUGGAUUCAGAGUCAAAAAAUAUCAAAUGGAAAUUAUCCAGAGGAAGAAGUUAGGGAUUGUAGAGUGAGAAGUAAAAAUAGGAGCAAAAUCAAUAUAGACUUGGAAAUAAAAAUCAUACAGGAUUCAGAUAGUCACUUGCUGGAAAAGUACAAAUUGAAAAAAGAGGGAUAAUGGAAAGAUUAGUAGAUGCCUUUUUCACACAUGAAUUUGACUUUUAAUACCUUCUCCAUACAGGAGAUAACUUAAGAUGAGUACAAAGAAUUACAGGGUCAAAUUGUUGGAUUCUGGUGUAACAAUUACGCUGGGAAAUGUGGGCCUGGUUCCAGUAGUUGUGGAAUUUCUCUCUUCUUUAAAGCGGUAAGUCUUGCUGGUGGAAAUUUUUCAAACUUUUUUUUUUUUCUCUUAUAGCACCUGGCUGCUCUUUAAAACCACAAGAAGCUGUUUCUCCUAAAAGGUAGCAACAAAAGAUUUUUUUCUUAUCUUGAAGUUUGGCAUCUGACUAAGUAAAUCCAAGCGUACAAAUGAAAAUUUGUAAAGUUAGUCCUAACUACACCUGUGUAGUACUUUCUGCAGUAAAAUACAAACCUCACGAAGAAUCAAAGAAAAUAAUAAAGAGGUUGCUUUUAUAGUUCGACCUAAGUGUUGAAUUGUUCAAGGCAUCAGUGGUCUGGAUUUGAGAAGAACCAAGUCAGAAGAGCAAGAAAAAUGAAUGAUGGUACAAGAAGAUGGAUGUUUUCAUUCUACUCAUACCCAUAAAUUAACAACCCAUAGGAGACCUACAUAACAAAAGCACAGAAGAAGGGAUGGAAAACACCACAAAUUAUGGCAGCUUCUACAUGAAGAAGUAUAUAAAUUGAAUAUGCCACUAUUGACUGGAUACAAAUAAAGGAGUCCAAAUUGAAAAUGUCAUGGUUUCAUGAGAAGGAAUAUAAAGGAAGAGGAAGAGUAAUGCUGCAUUCUUCUUUAACUGAAAUACACUUUAUCUAUUCAAUAUUAUGAGGUUAGAACAACAGUAAAAGUAAAUAUGAAAUACCUAUUUAUAAAAAUAGCACUUUAUUUGAGGAAAUGCAUAAUCUGUCACCAAUAUUUAAACAAAAAUAGUGUUAAAAUAUUUUAUGUUGCUGUUUGUUUUUUUUUUCUUGAGAAUAAAACCAUUCUACUGACA